GCGCGUCCCUGUCUCCGCAGUAGCCGAUGCUGAGAGCCAGGAGGCUCGGCCGCCUGCUGUCCAUGGCCGGCCGCGUCUGUCCGUCCCGGGGCGCGGCUGGGCCGGGGGCCAUCGGCCCGGUCGAGGCCGCCAUUCGUACGAAGCUGGAACAGGCCCUCGACCCCGAGGUGCUGGAGCUGUGCAACGAGAGCGGCGGCCACGCGGUGCCCCCGGGCAGCGAGACGCACUUCCGCGUGGCGGUGGUGAGCUCCCGCUUUGAGGGGCUCAGCCCGCUGCAGCGACAUCGGCUGGUCCACGCUGCGCUGUCGGAGGAGCUGGCCGGGCCCGUCCACGCGCUGGCCAUACAGGCGCGGACCCCCGCCCAGUGGAAGGAGAACCCGCAACUAGACACGAGCCCCCCCUGCCUGGGUGGAGGCAAGAAAACUCGAGGAAGCCCCUGAACCGCAGAGAGGGAGCAUCGGGACCCAGAUGGGUUGAGCGAGAAUAAACCGCGGGCCGCCUCCCCUAAACCUCUAAACCCGGCCUGGCGCCUAAGGGGUGGGGGGGGCGGGCCUGCAGGUGCGCACUUUCGUGCCCACUUUCUCCCGAGGUGUCACUCACUGGAGCUCUGGCCCCGACCUUCAGAGAAAGCAGUCUUUUUCUCAUGUCAAAUUGCGACUAAGGAAACACCAGACCUGAGGCGUUCAAAAUCAUCCUGUACAAAAAAAAAAAAUGUAUCCUGUUCAUUAAAAAGAAAAAUUCGCUUCUGAA